AUGGCUUCCUUAACAGGGACGUCCCAGGAACAGCGCCGAUGGUUAGUGGUUGGUAUUGCCCUUCAUCAUGUCCUCACUCCAUGCCUCAGAGAUAAAAUCAAAGCCGAAAUGACUCCAUUCUACCAGCAUUUGGUGCGGCACUUUGGACUGGACAAACAGACGUACCCGAAGUUCUUGAAGAACAUUCCACCUUCCACGGUAAACUUAAACUAUGAAAGUAUCAACAACAACCACACUGCCACGCACCGUCGUCUCUACGACUACUGUGUAAAGGAUGAAGUGUCUUUGGCCAAGCUCUUCAUGAAACCUUUCAUGGCGCAGUUUAAUGCGUUUAACAGUUCCUUUGACUCGUCAGCAGCCCUUGCUGUUCUCUGUGGAGCCUUACCGUUCGUGUCUGUCCAAGCGAUUGCUGAGGGUGUCAGGUCAAACGUUCGAAAUGAAUGGGCACACUGCGAUUUCAUGGCCUGGACUGAGGCACACUACGACACUUGCUUUGAUCUCAUGGAGAACCUGGUCAAGAACCUGGGAUUCGUGAACUCCGAGGAGGAAAGAACUCUGGGUGAUCUUAAAUUGUGGAAAAAUCAUGGUACGUAUUGUUACUGUAUACUUUACGCCUUAAUGAUACAUAUACUUUCGUGAAAAAUGACUGCCUAAUAGAAUUAAAACGCACAACAAGUAAAACUAAGGCCCAGACAAUUCUGACACUGAUUUUCCCCUCGUAGAGAAGGGAAAUCAUCUAAGAAAGUAAACUAUUUCCCAGUUAAAUGAUGCCCGCACAGGGCGGCUACCUAUUUUUGUCUAGUUUGUUUGGAAGUUUGUUUCGCUGUUUGUUAGCAGUUCCCAAUUCCCGCCGCGUAGCACCCUUUGCAGCAAAGUAAAAUGGCGGCCGAAAGUUUAUCCGAGAAUUUUGUGGGCGCUAAGAGAGUGAAAGUCUGUGAUUCUUUCUGGAUACGCAAAAGGAAAUUGCGAUAAACUUGUUAUAGAGUUUCUUAAUACUCUUGAAUCUGCGACCUCUUGGUUAGAUAUUCGUGUGUUAUAUAUAAGGUUGAAGUCGAAAGUCGGACGUGAGUGCGAGGGAAAGUUUAAUAUUUUCUGCAACGUACGCAGCCAGUAGGUUAUUCAUUUGCUGCUCAUGUCAUUUGUAAAGUGAAGUAUUUUGGGAAGGUAGCGAAAGUUUAAGUGAAGAUUCGAGGGGAAGACAAUGUUCUUUCAGUUGUUUCACAGCACUGUCGUUUCAUAAGCCCAACCAGUUAUCAGCUGUGGAUCGCGGUGGAUCACGAACACAAUCGAUGAAAUCUUGUCACGAGGAAACAGUUUGUUUCAAAGCGCCCUAGACAAUCAACUCAGCAGAACCGUUUUUAGCAGAUAACGUUCCUAUUGUAGGUCACUACUUUUUCUAAGGAGGUGAAUGGAGCAACGAGGCGAACAAACUGAAUUACAAUUGAGGUCAUAAAUUGCCCCGGAAACGAGGCGAAUGAAGUAAGCGAAUUGCCCACCGUGGUGGGCAAACUGAAUUAAGGUUUUCUGUUCAUUUAAAAUACUUAUUUGUAUUGAUCUCAUGAAGUAAAAGAAUGAAUACAAUAAAAACGAAUAAGUACAAUUCAGUGACAAUUCACAAAAUCGAAGAUGCUUUAAACCUUGUUUCGAAUAUUUCACUGUACGUAAGUCUUUAUUGUGUAUUUGUCAACAACAAUCCAUCCUGAUUUUAAAGUAUGCAUUUUACAUACAACCUUUCAUUGUACAGUGUUUACUUUAAAAAACAUACGGAUAAUAAUUAUUGAGAUAUAUUAAUGCUUGUUGAAUCAUGGGAUUAAAAUCUUUUGGGCAUUCAUUGCUUGCAUAAUGUUUUGUGUUUGUUUUUAUUUGAAACUAAUUCUAAGAAUAAGCAGGUUCCGAAUUAUAGUCACACAUCAAGAUAAAAACGACCUUAAAAGAUACAACAGAAUUCAACUUCACAAUUGUCCAUAUUGUAUUUUAGACAUCAUCAUUACUCCUUUUUUAUCUUAUACGAUCCUGAAGACCAUGUGAUAUCCACAACUGGGAUACAAUAUAUUAUUUACUACCGGUCAACCCCUUGAUCUUUCUGCAUGGGGCAGCAUUCCACUUCCAAUAUGGAACCUCUAGAUUAAUGUUGAGGUUCAACUGCAUUCUUCCUUUGAAUUAACUGAAGUUUCAGGAACACAAUCCAUCCUUUUCUUAAAACCUGUUCGUUACCGUUUUGCAAGCUUCUAUUCCCCCUGACCUAUGUUUGCUUUCUGUUUGCCGCAGGGCUUGAGAUAUGCCUUGGUAAACCAGUAGAUAACGCCGUGCUACAAUUCAUACGCCAGGAUGUGCAGUUGCUUUCUGAUUCCUUAAAUGAAUACAGAGAAGAGCAAUAUAAGAAGAUAUGCGUUACCAUUGAUUUAUUCAAGUCAGUAUUAGAUGGGGCUGUUGUCUCAAUUCAACAAAAGCAAUCUGUUUUAGAGAAAACUUGUGAGGGACUUCGAGACAAUCAAGAUUUGAUGAAACAAGAAAUAGUGCGGAUAAAAAAAGAAGAGAAGAUGCACUGGGAAACGACACAGGAAUUGAAACGCAGCUACAGAGAGUUGGAAAACAGAAGCUCAUUUGUGCAAAAAGAUCUAGAAAAGUUGACGGCAAUAGCAAACAGCAGGUCAUCUUGCGAAGAUUAUUAUCAGCCUGUGUUUGAUGCCCCUGUGCGUAACAAAUGGUUUGUAGGAAGAGAGAACGAAUUGGAGAGAAUUGAAAAAUGCCUUUCAGUGGAUGAAAUUGGAAGACUUAAGAUGUGUGCUUUGUGUGGUCUUGGAGGUUGUGGAAAAACCGCUUUGGCAACUCACCUUUCCUGGAAACGCAAGACGCAAUAUGAGGGAGGGGUAUUUUGGUUCUCCUUGGAGGACGACAAAAAGUUUGAGAAUUCUGUCGCUGAACUCGCGUUGCGGCUAGGAAUUCUGGCAAAUUCAUUCGAUUUGACAUUGUCAAAAAUAUUGACAUGGAUCUCCGGACGGAAAAAGCCCUGGUUGUUGGUUCUUGAUGACGUGGACCAGUUAGUCCUCUCCGAGCAAAUGCACAAGGUUCUCUCUGGUAUGUGGAAAAGGCAAGCAGGUGGUCAUGUGCUACUAACAACAAGACGUGAACCAAAAGAAGUUUGCGAGGCUAUUGAUCUUGAGCUAACGUGCUGUUUUGAAAUCUCCGCCCUUCCAAAAAACGAUGCAAAGCGAUUCCUUAUUUCCCGAUGUGGUGAAACCGCAGAUGAAAGUGAAGAGCAGUUAGAUGAACUGCUACAAGAACUUGGUUGCCUUCCUCUCGCGUUAGAACAAGCUGGUGCCCAUAUCAAAGCCCUUGAGUGCUCUAUCAGUAACUAUCUCCAGGAAUACAAAGUUCAGCGAGUGAAUUUGUUAUCUCAGCAUCCGCGUUCAAAACCAGCCUGGGAUUACGAGUCUAAAAGUCGACUGGCAGUGCACACCACAUGGCUUAUGAACUUUGAAUACGUCAAAAGAUCGCCUCAUGGACCAAUGGCAUCACGUUUCAUGCACAUCGCAGCGUUUUUAGAACCCACUGAAAUUCCUGAAGAGCUUAUUGUCCCACCGCUGCUUUCUGUUGACGAUCCAUCCUGUAAAAACUCGUACCUUCCUCUGAUAAAAAACCACAUAGCCGAAAUUUUAACUAAGUUCUCACUUUUUCAAAGAAAAAGUACAAAAUCCCUCAGUUUACAUCGUCUCGUUCAGGAGGUUAUUCGCAACAGAAUGACCGUUGAAGAAGUUGCCUUGUCAUUACACGGAGCGGUAAAAAUUCUUCAUCAAUCUUUUCGUGACUGCCCGUCACCCGAUCAGAUCAUUUUGGAUGUUACAAAAAGUGUAAAGAAACAACCCUCCUCUGUUGUGACUAACCCUUCGCGGUUCCACCUUUGGUCAAGGUUAACCAGUCAUGCUUCAGAGGUGCAACAACACGUGAAAACCUUCCUUAAUCAGCAAGGCAUCGAAAGGGAUGUUAAGCUAAUGGUUUUAACACCUGAGACUUCUCGCAUUGUGUACGAAAACGCAGUGAAGUUGAGUGUCUAUGGUCACCAGCAGAAGGCAAAGGAAACGGAACAUUUUGCAUUUCAAAUCAUGGAUUCUAGCACAAGUACUAAUGUGGCCUCGGGUACCGAGGAGGUACGAAAAUUGUUUCCACACACUCUGCCUCUUCCCCAAUUCAUCCAAAAAACUAUUCUGUACUCAUCUCGACCUUCGGUUGAGAUCCCGAAAUGUGCAAAUUACAAAGAGCAUCAGCACGAUUUGGAAGAUGAGAAGCGUAUACGAGGAAACAAAUUUUUUAAAGAAGGGCGUUUUAAUGAAGCAGUCAAGACGUACACGGAAGCACUUGAGGCAAGCAAGGGAACAAAACAUCUUGACCCUCGGCUACUUAACAACCGCGCAACUGCGUAUCUCAAGCUUGCCAAAUACGAAGAAUGUCUUCAAGAUUCCCAGGAGUACAUUAACACUCGGCCAAAGUGUUGGAAAGGAUACACAAGGAAGGCUUUAGCUUUAAAUGGGCUUGGAGAGAAUCGUUCUGCCCGUUGCUGCGCAGCCAUUGCAUAUUAUCACGAUGCAAGAAGUUGUCGCCUUUAUGGGGAUUUUAUCAGUGUUUUUAAGGAUUUGGACGGACACUGGACUGUUGUUGAAUCAACAGAAACACUUCACGAGGCUUUAAACCAAAACAUGAAUUAUUUCGCAGGAAAAGCCAUUUUGUUGUUAAAAAAUAACCUCUAUGAGAUCAGAAAGGACUUUUUUUCAAUCCUGAAUACGAGUCUUGUUGCAGUUAGUAAUAAUGCGGCCGUUACAUUGGCAAGUAAUUUACUGCUGGUCGAAGGGAUUUGUGAUUUUCAAAACCUAAGCUUUCAGUCGAAGGUUUCUGUUGCUGUACACUCCAAUGCAAUUGUCGAAUUCAAUCAUUGCACAUUCCACUCCACCUCAACUGACAAGCCAGCAGUUAAAGUUAAUGGAAAGGCUGUUUUGUUGGAAUGCAAAAUAAAAGACAGUAAGGGUGGGGGCAUAGUAGUGUGUGGAUCUUCCGCAUUUGGCACCUUGAUAAAAUGUCACGUAAGUGGUAACGGCAGCAAACCAACCCUUUCAGCUGGAAUCAAAGUACUGCACCAAGGAAGUCUGGCUGUCCAGGAGUGUCUUAUUUAUGGAAACACUGAAGGCAUCCACGUCGAUGGCACUCGGAUAGAAGGUGUGUUAGCUAAAGAGGCCCAAGUGACACGUUGUGAUAUUUAUGACAACAGGUACGAGGGUAUCAUUGUUGCUGGACAUCCAGAUACGACCUCAGACGUAGUUAAUAUACAAGAGAACAAAAUUUACCACAAUGGAGGGUUUGGUGUCCGUGUAUCUUUUUGCGCAAAUUGCGUGCUUUUUCAGAGGAACAUGGUGUUUGAAAACUACUGGUGGGGAGUAUGGGUGCAGUGCAAUUCUGGUGGCUAUUACGAGGGGAAUACUAUUUGCAACAAUAAAAUGGGCGGACUAAGAGUGGGCAAACAGAGUCCAGGCAAGCUUUCCUGUGUGAUUGAAAACAAUGUUAUUCAUGGAAACUGUGGGCCAGCCUUCCACGAAGGUUUACGCUAUUUUGAAUUUUAUUCUUUUCCAAGUGAGCUGAAACCCAGUUUUAUAAAUCAGCGUCUCGAAGGACUGAAAAAACUGUAUGGACAGAAUGAGAGGCAGGAUCAUUCAGGGGGAGAACUACAAAGUAAUGUGGUGAUUGAUGUUGAAAUGUCAAUACCAAAUGUUGUGAAGUGCAAGUUCAUUUCCAGUAAUCGAUGUUUUCAAAAUUGCAGAAAUCAAAACCAGGUGAAACGUACUGAAUUGAACCUUUCCUGCGCCUACUGCUUUCGAAGCGACGUUCCCUUAAAAACUUGCCAACGAUGCAUGACGGCAAAGUAUUGCGGGAAACGGUGCCAGAAACUGCACUGGGAAAGACAUAAGUACAUGUGCGAAGCUGCAGGUCACCGUAAUGUUAUCGAAGUUUCCUUCUCAUUUGAUACACCUUAUUCUAUUAUUUCUUCAACACAUCCUGGUCUGGAACCUACCGGACCAGCUUAUGCGUCCCCUCCCCCUAGAGAUGGAAGUCGUUUUAUUGUAAAACUGCAAACCUUUGAGGGAUUGAUUGCACAUGGAAGCUGCCUUGAUGGAAACGGAUACGUCAGCGACGAUUACAAUCCCGAAAAAGCAAGGAUUGCAAUUUACGAUCGCAGCCGUCACGUGGAUUUCGUAGUCGUUAAUCAGUCCCGACUUUUCCAUUUGAUAAUGGAGUGCGGCAUGAUGGGCACCAGUAUGUACCUCAGCAAAAAAUUGUAUUGUUGGGCAGUAUACAAGGAUGCCAAGACAAUUGGGAUAUUGACUCAUGAGUUUCCUCUAGCACAGAAGUGGUGA